CAUGUGGAAAAAGGGAAGGGGUCUGAAUACUUUCUGAAUGCACUGUACAUAGUGCCGAAAUGCUUACUUGCAGGUUCAGCUCACGACAAUGGAACAACAAUAGAAAAGUAAUUAAGUGAAAAAAAGAGUGCUAUUUUUUUUUGUGCUAAAAUAUAAUACUAGAAGGCACUCAAACGAAUUGUGAAUUUACAGAUCCCAGGGAAUUGUAAAAAAAAAAAAUUGACAUUGUGCAGUAAUAUAAAUAGGUGUGUGUGCGCCUAUGUGUGUGAGUGCAUGUGUGGUAGGGUGCAGGGAGUCAGUGCAAGAGACUGUCAGUCCCAGUUCAAGAGUUAAGUUGUCUGAUGGCUUGUGGGUAAAAACUGUCUCUGAGACGGUGGUCCGGGAAUAGACGCUAACGGAGUGAAUAGCCCAUGGCUGAUGUCAGCGGGUCCUUGUUCUGUAUGGUGGGGAGCACGGUUCCAGUGAUGUCUUAACCACCCUCUGAAGGGCCUUGCGGGGUGAACGGAGCAGUUUCUGUAUCAAGCCAUGAUGCAGCUGGUCAAGACGCUGUCGAUGUUGCUGCGUUAGAAUUAGGAGAGGACCCGGGGGGCGUGCCGAUUUUCUUCAGCCGUCUGAGUGACACUCUCUCCAUGAUGGCCUCCUAUAGCCCUGCCAACGAGGGCUGGUUUGGUGAGAGGGGGGUUCACCAGGGGAUUGGGCUGGACAUCCUCUUCAGUGGCAGAGACUUUAACACACCUAAUCUGUACUCUCCAAAUGACACUCUACAACUUCAGGAGGCCAAGUCCCAUUAUGCCUGUCCCAGGGCCCCCCAGAGGUCCCUGCAUGGCUGGGGCACAUACAGCCCCCCUCCACAAAAACCCAGCCCCAGCACUGAGAGCAGAGGGGGGGCCUCCUCUGCUGCCAGGCCUGCCUCCCUCAACCAGUGCCUGGGCUACCACACCCUGCCCCGCAGAGCCCUAGCUGUCUUCAGACCCUGUGUCUACAGCAGCCCUCAGGGAUAUAACACUACCACAGUGGACAAACCUCGCAUGCUUAGAGCCACUAUUACAUCCAGCCCCUCGGACUCCAACCACCCUGUCCAGCACCAGAGCCAAGACCAGAAGCCCAGACCAAACCAGCAGCAGGUCAUCAAGCAGCAGCACCAGCCAAGCCUCAGUCCCAAGCCUGUCUACCAGCCAAGCCUCAGUCCCAAGCCUGUCUACCAGCCAAGCCUCAGUCCCAUGCCUGUCUACCAGCCAAGCCUCAGUCCCAAGCCUGUCUACCAGCCAAGCCUCAGUCCCAAGCCUGUCUACCAGCCAAGCCUCAGUCCCAAGCCUGUCUACCAACCAAGCCUCAGUCCCAAGCCUGUCUACCAACCAAGCCUCAGUCCCAAGCCUGUCUACCAACCAAGCCUCAGUCCCAUGCCUGUCUACCAACCAAGCCUCAGUCCCAAGCCUGUCUACCAACCAAGCCUCAGUCUCAAGCCUGUCUACCAACCAAGCCUCAGUCCCAAGCCUGUCUACCAACCAAGCCUCAGUCCCAAGCCUGUCUACCAACCAAGCCUCAGUCUCAAGCCUGUCUACCAACCAAGCCUCAGUCCCAAGCCUGUCUACCGACCAAGCCUCAGUCCCAAGCCUGUCUACCAACCAAGCCUCAGUCCCAUGCCUGUCUAUAGGAGACUCACAACCUGGCAGCACAAGGACAACACCAAUACAGACAGCAACACCAUCAAGACCAACAACAGCCCUCACAGUAACAGCAUCAAGAGACAGGUGGACAUGACGUCCCAGAACGUGUUUGGUCAGCCGCGUGUCCUGGCCUCGCUGCGGGGCCCGCCCUUUGCACGACAGACCCACAAGACAUCUAACCUAGAGGAGGAACUGAGGAGGCUCAUCAUACUGGACAACACAUCAGAGGACUCAGGGAGGGAUGCAUCCUGCCGUCAUAGCCUCUCUACAGAGAUCAGCCUAGGCAGGGGUCCCCUGGACUCCAGUCUGGCAUGUUCCCCAGUGUCUGACUGCCCAGAGCUGGAGGGGCUAGAGGACCUGUCUGCCUCUGAGCUGUCCCUGACAGAGGGCUGGGAUCCUGGGCACAUCCCACUACUGGACCCUACCUGGAGCCUGGAGUGGAGCAAACUGGUCAACGCUGCCAAGGCCUAUGAGGCACAGAGGACAGUGGAGCCCAUUCAUCCCAGCAAGCCCAAGAAGCAUGGUUCAGAGGGUGGACCUGCUGCUUGCCCACCCAAUCACUACCCUCCUCAUGGCUACAAUGCCCUGCCCACAUUAAGAAGUGAAGUGCCCAGUGAUCUGUCUAGACUUCACCACCUGGAGGUGCUGCUGAGACACUUGGAGAGCAACCUGGAGAAGGAGAGGCAGGACAAAGAAGCCCUGAUGGAGGAAGUGACGAUUCUGAGGGAGACCAACCGGCGCCUGUGGGAGGAGUCUCUUUCAUCCAAUGAACAGCUCCGUAAACUCAGCCUUUUGUUCAACAGGAAUGAUGCCUAGAGAGAGAGAAUGACCAAUGACACUAAGAGGAGAGAGAGAGAUGAGUUGAAAAGAGUGGAGGAAAAAAUGGUUUCAUCAAAGAUCAUUUACAUUUGAAACUCUGUUGUUUCAAGGUACUGUCUGCAAAAUGUGAUCAGAGAAAGAGGACAGAUAACUAUAAUAUUUCCCCUCCAGUAGAAAUCCACUAUGAAGUGAUGAAUGGGACUCAACUUCUGUCCUCCUUUAUCUACACAACAGAAAGCUAAUUGUCUAGAGCAUGUUUUCUUAAACUAUGGUUUGGGACCCAAAGUGCACCCUGAGCAGGUGAGAGGUGGGUCGCGAGUUAUGAGUCGGCAUUUAGAAUCAUACACAAUUUGUUCUUAAUUUGGGUCAUUCGAGGACAGUACAUUUCUCAUUUGGGUCUCGAGCUUAGAAAUCUUAAGAACCUCUGUAAUAGCAGAUUAAUCAGUUAAUGUAACUCAUUAAUCUACCAUGAGCUCGGGGACUUUGUCAAAUAGCAGAUUAUUUAUUUUUUUUACACAAUAAUUUUUAACUCAUUCAAAAUAACGCCCUUUCGCCAUGACAUUCCAAUGCCGUGACCUGGAUUCGAAGCGGGGUUGCUGUGGCAACAAUGCAGAGUACUAACCACUAUACGAUCACGGCGAGCUAAUAGAGCUUGCUUGUAGAGGCUACUCAUGCUGGGACAGUGACCUGUACAAACUGGAUAAAUGCUUGAGUUGUUAGCCAGUUCAGCUUUACACAGUUGGUACGUUUGAACUCAAAAAGUGCCCUCUUUCCAUGACAUUGGAAUAUCUCAAUUGCAUACUCCUCACGUCCUCUCUCCUCUCGCCUACUUCUCAAACCCAUUGGAUUAGAAAACCGGAGGUCCAUCCCCUCUGACCUUCUCCACCAAUGGGUACAAUGAAAUUAUUGAAAAAGCACUGCUGAGAUUUUAACUCAGGAUCUCUGGUUUACUAGACAGGCGCUUUAACCAACUAAGCCACAGCGCCCAUAGAUGUAAUUUCUAUUGAGGGUAUGAUAACCCACACCUAUUUUGAAUAAAACCAGUCUUAUUCAUUUAACUCAUAUCUCUGUCUAGCAAAAUCACGUCACAAAACAGAUGUAAUUUCCUAAUUUUGGAAUCGAUACGGACACCUUCAAUUGACUAGCAACAGGGUUUCUUAACUAUGGUUUGGGACCCAAAGUGGGCCCUGAGCAGGUGAGAGGUGGGUCGUGAGUUAUGAGUAAACAUUUAGAAUCAUACACAAUUUCUUCUUAAUUUGGGUCGUUCGAAGACCGUACAUUUCUCAUUUGGGUCUCGAGCUUAGAAAUCUUAAGAACCUCUGGUCUAGAGACCUGCUGCGCUGUACCUUCACAGAUGUUCUGUUCACAUUCCUUCUCAUUUAAUUAAUUCUGGUAUGAAAAAGGCUAAAUAAACGACCUGAUUGUAUUACCAGCACUGUGAAUAUACUGCCACCUGAGGUGGCCAAAGUCAAGCGAUAAUAACUUCUAAGCGACUACCAUGCAGUUUGAGGGCACAGUGGUCUUGACUUUAGAUGAAAAACUGAAUGAUGAUCAUGAUCAACAAUGAUCACAAUGUGACUUUUACUGUUGAUUUGUUUAAAGAAUAAAUGAUUGUUAUAUUUGUAAUAAUCUAAAAUACUAUAUUGUGUGGUAUCUAAAAUAAAUGUUAACUUGUUUCA